CGCAGAUAGUGAGGGAGAAUUUCAGCAGCAAUGGGAAAGAAAUCCAAGUCAAAGGCCAAAGAAGAGGCCGCAGCCAGCAAUGCGGCCUCAGGAGAAACAACGAACAACACGGGUUUUUCGCUCUUGUUUGGAACUAAGGAUGCGACCGCCGUUGAUCCCGCGCUGGCGUCGUUGUUUGCAAACAGCGCCGGCCCUGUGAAAUCUCCGGAAAUCGUAAAGUCCAGACAGCAAUUGUCCACUCACAGACGCGACGAACCCGCCGAAGAGCAUGGCAGUGACGGAGAGGCAGAGCUUGCUGACGGCGAUGAAGAAAUGCCGGAUGCAGGCGCUGAAAGAGUCGACGACGACGAAGACGACGAAGAAGAAGAAGAAGAAGAAGAAGUAAAAGAAAAGGAUGCAAAACCAGAUAGAGCCGAAAAGUCCCAGAAGCGAAAGAGGCAUGAAGCAGAGGACGAUCUGGAAGAAUCAUACAUGAGGAAAAUAGCCAAGGAGGAAGAAAAGGACCGGAAAAAACGAGCUGCAGCAAAGAACGAGAAGAGACAGAGAACGGACGAAAGUCCUGCUGUCGACUCUGAAGCCGGAAGCUCUGGUCCAGACGAGCAAAAAGAUGAUGAAGAAAGUGAAUCCGAUCAAGAAGACAAAGGCCCACCGCCUGUCCAUGAAUCCCUCGCCAACACCGCAGAGGCAGCCGCCUUAGAGAAAUCCAACCGGACAGUAUUCCUCGGCAACGUGUCGAGCGAAGCUAUAAAAUCCAAAUCUUCCAAAAAGGCUCUCCUCGCCCACCUCUCGUCCUUCUUCCCCUCGCUUCCCGAGUCCUCUACACCACACAAAAUCGAGUCGAUCCGCUUCCGCUCCACCGCAUUUGCGACGGCAGCGGUUCCGAAGCGAGCAGCCUUUGCCAAGAAGGAUCUCAUGGACUCUACAACCCGCAGCACAAACGCCUACGUCGUCUACACCACGGCCGCAGCCGCAAGAAAAGCUCUCAGUCUCAACGGGACAACCGUCCUCGACCGCCAUCUUCGUGUCGACAGCAUCGCCCACCCGGCACCGAUUGAUCAUAAACGCUGCGUCUUCGUGGGAAACCUGGGUUUCGUAGACGAAGAAGCAGCCGCCUCGACCGACGAUCAGGAGAAGAAAAGAAAGAAAUCCGCAACCCCUUCGGACGUCGAAGAGGGUCUCUGGCGUACCUUCAACGAGAACGCCGGGCGCGUCGAGUCCGUCCGGGUCGUCCGCGACCCAUCCACGCGCGUCGGCAAGGGGUUCGCGUACGUCCAGUUCCACGACCAGAACGGCGUGGAGGCAGCAUUACUUCUCGACGGGAAAAAAUUCCCCCCGAUGCUCCCGCGCAAACUCCGCGUCGUGCGUGCGAAACGGACGGCAAAGAAGCGAAACGACUCCACGAGCACCAAUCCGAACAGGAUGGGCCUCGGGAGACCCGAUCCGAGCUUGAAAGGUCGCGCGGCGAAGCUUCUCGGCCGUGCGGGUGCGGCGCAGCUGCGUGCGUCGGCCAAGGCGGAGAAAAACAAGAAGGGAUCAGAGUCGACAGCGCCGUUUGUUUUCGAAGGCUACCGAGCGACGGAGGGUAAAAAUGGGAGUCUUCCAGAGUUUAAAGUGAAGACGAAAAGCAGAGGAAGGCCAAAGACGAGAAGCGCGAGACGAGCAAAGGCAUUCAGGGACGCGAAAAGGAAGGGUGGGAAGUAG